UGGAUGAGUUUGGCUGUUGGUCCCGACGUGGGUGGACCGUGGCUGGUCCAGAAUGGCUACCCUGAUCUUUGUUGAUAAGGAAAAUGGAGAACCAGGCACCCGUGUGGCUCCCAAGGACGGGCUGAAGCUGGGGUCGAGGCCUCCAGUCAAAGCUUUAGAUGGGAGAUCUCAGGUUUCAAUACCACGGGUAGGCAAAAUGUUUGAUGCUCAAGCAGCCGUACCUAGAGUUGCCAGAAAGGCUUUGGGAACUGUCAACAGAGCCACAGAAAAUUCAGUAAAGACUAGUGGACCUCUCAAACAGAAGCAGCCAACCUUCUCUGCCAAAAAGGUGACUGAGAAGACUGUCAAAGCAAAAAGCUCUGUUCCUGCCUCUGAUGACACCUACCCAGAAAUAGAAAAAUUCUUUCCCUUCAAUCCUUUAGAUUUUGAGAGUUUCGACCUGCCUGAAGAACACCAGAUUGCACACCUCCCCUUGAAUGGAGUGCCUCUCAUGAUCCUUGAUGAGGAGAGGGAGCUUGAAAAGCUGUUACACCUGGGCCCCCCUUCACCUCUGAAGAUACCCUCUCCACCAUGGGAGUCUAAUCUGUUGCAGUCUCCAAGUGUUCUGUCGACCCUGGAUGUUGAAUUGCCACCUGUUUGCUAUGACUUAGAUAUUUAAACUACUUAGCGUUUAAUAGUUUGUAUGUUUUGUAUUAAUAAAGCAACUCUUUAACAGAAAAA